AUGGCACCCGUCAAACCCUUUUGGUCUCAACCUUCUCACCCACACAUCCAAGAAGUAAUCUACGGUGAAGAUGAAAAUGGAUACACCACCAAAUCCAUCUCCAAAGUUUCUCUUCCUCCUUUUGCUGUUUUUGCAAAAUCGGAAUUUCCACCAUGUACCGAUGCCUCAGAAGCUACCUAUGCCACUGUCCAAACAGGUACAAACACACAUUUGAAUCUCAAUUCGGACUUAUUGUACAUCAAUCAUUCCUGUGAACCUUCUCUCAUCUUCGAUGUGCAAAAUGGCACCAUUCUCACCUCCCACACUGGCCUCACUGUAGGCCAAGAAUUAACUUUCUUCUACCCCUCCACCGAAUGGUCCAUGUCCCAGCCAUUUUCCUGCAACUGUGCUACUCCUUCUUGCGUAGGAGAGAUCAGUGGAGCAGGACAGAUGAGCGCUAAAGCUUUGGAAGGAAAGUGGUUGAGUGCUCAUAUCAGACGGGGAUUGGAGGAGAAGAGAAAUGGGAAUGGGAAUGGAAUUGGUAACGUGAUGAAAAAUGGAGAGAAGAUUGUCAAUGGAAAAUUGAACGGCGUUGAUGGGAAAAUGUCAAAUGAAGAAGUUAAUGGAGAAGGGGAAAUAAACGGACGACGAGGCGUCACAAGUAGGGAAAUGAGCGGAGAGAUGGGUGGAGAUACUUUGUAG